AUCUGUCUCACGGUCUUUCUUUCCGCCUGCGUCUCCCUACUGCCACCACCCCUUCUGUCCUGUCCCUCCCACUGUUCUCUCACACCUCUAGAAGAAGAUGUCAGCCCAGGACAGCUGCCUCAGCCUCAUCAAGUACCUCCUCUUCGUUUUCAACCUCUUCUUCUUCGUCCUAGGCAGCCUUAUUUUCUGCUUCGGCAUCUGGAUACUCAUCGACAAGACCAGCUUCGUGUCCUUUGUGGGCUUGUCCUUCAUGCCCUUGCAGAUCUGGUCCAAGGCCCUGGCCAUCUCAGGAAUCCUCACCAUGGGCCUUGCCCUCCUGGGCUGUGUGGGGGCCCUGAAGGAGUUCCGCUGCCUCCUGGGCCUGUAUUUUGGGACACUGCUGCUCCUGUUUGCCACACAGAUCACCCUGGGAAUCCUCAUCUCCACUCAGAAGGUCCAGCUGGAGCGGAAAGUGGAGGACGUCGUGCUGAAGACGAUCCAAACCUACCGCGCCCACCCGGAGGAGACGGCUGCGGAGGAGAGUUGGGACUACGUGCAGUUUCAGCUGCGCUGCUGCGGCUGGAACUCUCCUCAGGACUGGUUCCGUAUCCCCAGCCUGAGGAGCAACGAAUCGAGAGGGCACCGCGUGCCCUGCUCCUGCUACAACUCAUCGGCGACCAACGACUCCGCAAUCUUCGAUAAGAUCUCCUUCCCUCAGUUCAGCGGGCUCGGAUCACUGGCGCGGCCCCGACACAAUGCAGACAUUUGCUUGGUCCCCGCGAACAGCUACAUCUACCGCGAGGGCUGCGCACGGAGCCUCCAGAAGUGGUUGCACAACAACUUCAUCUCCAUAGUGGGCAUUUGUCUCGGCGUGGGUCUACUUGAGGUGAGUGUGGCGGGGCUGAGCCUGCUACUACCACGCAGCAUGCUCCACCAGGAACGCCAGCCGCAGGUGCCGGAUGCCUAUUGUUCGAACCCCGGGCCGGGCCCGAGCACCGAUGGCAGCGGCGGGCGCUAUGGUGUGCUGAGCAGCAUGGGGCGUAGCGGCAGUCUGUGGGUUGGCUGGGGCAUGGCGGGUGCCUGCCCUAACUGGGGGGACAAGGCCCCGCAGGGUAAACUGCCCAUGGCUCUGGGGCCCUGGCCGCUUUGGGAUCAAGACGAGGAACAACCUGAGACCGGGAGUGCAGCUCAGCUUCAUGACGCUCUCCAUAUUCCUGUGCAGAAACCUGGACCACGUCUACGAUCGGCUCGCUCGGUACCGCUAGGCCCCGCCCUUCCCGAAGCCCCGCCCCGACCCCCUCAAGUACCCUGGGCAUUUAGUUCCCUGUCGCCUGUAAAUAUUUGUUUAAUCCCCAGUUGGUCCCAGCCAUUGAGCCCUCAUUCCCCUCGGGGACCCAGAUGUCUGCCUGCCCCGCUGUUGUCACCUCUCCCGUGGGACCUGGGGUUUCCGGCCACCAGCUUCCUGCCCCUAAAGACACCUCAUUUCUUUGCCUCAUCUGUCGGCCUACCACCUCCCACUAGAUUAUUUUUAGCCCAAACGCCAAAUAAAUCCCCUGCAUUUUGGUAAAAUAGCUUUAUCCUCUGUCAAAAC